UAAGUGAGCCGUGUGGUUGUGUACCGAAAAGUCGAGACUGGGAUAAUCACGCGUCGUAAUUAAUUAUUACCUCUUUCGCGAGAGCCUCACGCAAUUUACUUCCGAUGGUCACCUCUAAUUAAGCCUUAUUCAAAGUCUUCUCGAAAGUACCUAACUAGACGGAACUUAGUCUACUAUCUCCUUUCUCUUAAUUAAUACCCAACUUUCAGUUACGCGCCUCAGCUAAUUCUCAUCGUAUUUAUUGUAUCUAAGGCCGGAAAUAUGGUGGGGACUCGGAGUGGAGCUCAGGUUCUAGCUAAAGGUCACAUUCCAGACGGAGGGAGAAUACAACAGCAGAGUCCAAGCCCUGAAAACGUCGACAGCGGUGAGGAUGAAAUUCCUUGUAUCUUGUCACCUAGGCGCUCAAUCGAUCCGAGUAUACGGUCGCUAGAUCACCGCCGAAAGCGGAGUCGACAACUAGAUGAUGACCUAUCUGUACAGUUCAGUCCAUCUAAAAGACGGAAAGCUGAGCCUACAACCAAUUCUAGAAAUGCACGCCUACAUCCAACGCUUGCAUUACCCUCUGCUAGACGGUCGGCCGGAACCAUACCUGCUCGAAAAGCAAGCAGAAGUCCCGAAGAUGAUGUACCUCCGGGCCUGGUAAGCAGUGUCAAUGCCGCGCUCAAAAAGAAAGGACGUGGAGAUCAUCAGCAACUUCCAGCGUCUGCAAAUAGUCAUUUGAAUAAUAGCACCACCAGUUCAGAAGAAAAUGAGGAUGCGCGGGAAAAUGUAGAGGACAAUGCUCAGGUCCAACACAACCAUGAUGAGAAUAUAGGCUUGCAGGAAAUUCAGGACCAUGAUGCGACUGGCACAUCUAGACGCGGCAAAUCCCCGCCCGCGCUCAUCAUUGACCAUGGGGAGGGACAUGAACUAGAUUCCGCCCUGGACAAUAAUAGUAUCGUUCAACAUGGCCCAGGCGAAGUUCAAAGCCAGGCUGAGAUAUGGGAUGUGCCCGUGUCACCAGGCCAACAACCAUUACCUAGGCAGUCAGCAAUCUCUAAAGUGUCGGGAGAACUGCCUUUGCGUGCGAGGCGUAUCGAAGUUCAUAUACCACACCGUGGCUCGAAGUCUGCCCAAGCUUCUCAAAUAGGACAAACUAAAACUUCUAAGCAUCCCCGACCCGCAUCGGAAGGAGAUCAAAAUGGUUCGCCACAAUCAGUACAACCGGAUCUUGAAGUUGGCACACAAGAUAUACGGGAGGACGAUGAAGUGGGUGUUGCCUCGGAACGUAUUGAUGGGCUCUCCUCAGACGACGAAAACCUUUCGGAUUUCGACUUGUCCGAAGAUGGUUUCGCUCAGGAUCUGGCAAAAUUUCGAACUCGAUAUCCCGGGGGCUAUAGAGGCAGUGAAAUAUUCGAAAGCCCCCAAGAAGAUGAUGUUACUAUACACAUUGAUUCUUCUAGUCUCAAAAAAGCGCUUCGACUCAUAGGACAUGACGCUUGGUCUGGUAAAGGACGAAAAUGGCAUGAGCGGCCAUUUCUUUUCGAUUUUAUGCAGCCUGGACCCGUCCGAAUUUUACUCAAGUUUCUAACGAAACUAGAAAGAUUGCUCGUAGCAACUCCAAAAGCUCCUCGAAUUAUAGAGCAGAAUAAGUUUUUUAAUGAGCACGGUGAUCUCUUUGGUUAUUAUUUCUCGAAGAUCAAACUUAUGCUCCGUCAUAUUCGGGGAAUGAAGCCUGCAAAAGAAGGGCUAAGUCGAUCACAACGAAACCGGGAACUUAAGAAGCAUGACCAGCUGGCCGGGGACAUUGCUUCGCUCGCUAUUCCUAUGCUGUUUCAUGUUCUAGCAUCUGUGUGGUGGCUAGGUGGUGGCAGGUAUGGGGGCCACUCAUCAUUUACAAUUUCUACCGUUGAGUUACUUAUGAGGACACUUGGUUGGAUCGGGUUGUUAUACCGCCCGUUGCUUAGAGCGCUAAGACAACAGCCAUCUGAUACUGAAGGGGAGGGGGAAGGAGAAGAAGAAACCGAAGUCCAGAAAAAAAACCGACGUUUACAACGGGAGAAGCGAGAAGAACUUGAAGGGGUUUUAAAUGACUUGAAGCGGCUUGUUGAGGCUGGCCCAGAUAUCCUCGAGAGAGAAGAACGCCGCCUCCGACUGGAACAUCGGGCUAAUCAAGAGCGAUUGAGACGACAGGAAGAAAUUAGGGCCCAACGGAGGCGGGAUGAAGAAUUAUUGAGGAUAUCUAACCGGGACCGGCAACUGAGGUCGUUGUUAUCUAUCAGGGGAGUCCACAUACCGCUGUCACAAUCACGAAUACCAACGUCUACGCGAGGAUCAUCGGCCCAAGAACCGUCUCAAAAUGCUAGCGAUUGGUCUGACGAAGAGAAGAUAUUCCUCUUCAAGAAAAUACAGGAGUCGUACCCCAAUCUACCAGAUUUAGAUGAUGUCCGUUGGGAACUUAAUAGAACCCUGAACGACACCGAGGCGAUGACAGAAGAGCUCCUGGGACAGAUGUUGGAAGCUGCAUGUCCGCAACAAACGGCAGCAGACAGAAAUGCGCAUAUCCAAGAGAUUAUGCAGAAUUAUAGGCGUACAUCGGAUCAUUGAGUUUGUUUAUUGGUUUGAGGAAUGAAAGUUACUAUACCCGUGUACAAUGUUUAGCUCUUGGCUUUCAGAAUAUCAAGCUUCAAAAUUUAAGGCUACAAUACUUCAA